CUCUAGCUUUUCUCACUAUACCUCAAUUCAUCCCCACCGAAUCGUCUCUCUUCCUAAGAUCUUUGCCUUCCGUUCGGAACAUCUCUCUCGAUCGAGGUAAGUAUCGUUAAAAUCGGUGAUCGGACGCUCCGAAUCGAGGACAUGGAGAAAUCGGAGGCCGAAUUGCGGAUCUGUAUCGAGAAGCCGCGGCAGAACGUUGAGGAGCGGGAUGAGAUGAUCGGGUUCAUGUCGAGGAAGGCGGAUGAUGAGGAGGAUGCGAAGGAAGCAGAGAUCUGUGGGCACGGAUCGAAGAGCAGGGCCACGUUUGGCAGGAAUGUGGAAGAAGGCGGCGAUUUAGGGGAUUAUUGCACGUAUUUUUCGAGGAUUGGGAGAAUUAGGGUUUCGCAGGGGUUGGAUCCGGUCCCUGAGGCUUCUUUCAUAGAGAGGAUUAUGGAAAGGAAUGCUGCUGAAGCGGACGGGAUGGCAGUUCUUUACGGCCAGAGGAAUGACUAUGGGAGGGAUUUCUUGCCAUCAGCUUCUGUUGCUUGGAUGGAACGGUCGAGUGAAUGGCAGCAGGAGUCCUUUGACUCAUCGAAACCAGUCACAUCUGCCGAUGUACAACAGAUUUUUGAAAACCUUGCCAAGAAGCGCCAACGGACAGAAUACUGGAGACAAAUGAACACCAACAGACCAAAGGAAACAAAAAAUGUAGCUCCCAUUCAGUGAGAAAAUGGUCCAUUUUUUAGAUGGUUAGGAUAGUCCAAUCAAAGCAAUUUUUGGUUGGCAGAGUUUGUAGGGUGCCUGGUUUGGAGAGUGAUGGGCUUGCUUCAUAGAGUUCCAUGAGUGCCAAUCAAAAUGAUGCAGGACAAUUAACCACAAGACCCAAUUAUGUUUGAAGGGAUUGUGCGAAGCAACCUUGACCCUCUUGAAGAGUAUACAGAUGAACAGAUUUGGGAGGCUCUAGAUCGGUGCCAACUAGGGGACACAGUUAGGCAGCUGGUAUGUCUGGGACGAGUGAUAUUGAAGAGAAGAAAGGUCUUAGUACUCGAUGAAGCAACCGCUUCAGUCAAUACUGCAACUGACAGCCUAAUUCAGCAAACAUUAAGGCAACAGUUUUCGGGCCGUACAGUCAUCACAAUAGCACAUAGGAUAACAUCCGUUCUCAAUGGCGACAUGGUCUUGCUUCUUGAUAAUGGCCUUAUUGUAGAAUAUGACUCUCCGAUGGAACUGUUGGAAAACAAAUCAUCUUCAUUCGCCAGACUCGUUGUGGAGUAUACUGUAAGGUAAAGCUCAAGUUUUGAAAAUUUAACAAAUCUAUAAACAGCUGGCAACAGUCAGGCAGUCAGGCUGGCUUUAGUUGAUAUACAACCAGAUUGAUUAUGACGAUCAUGGAUGUUCUGGGGCAUAGCUGCUAUCACAUUCUAGCAGCCGGUUUGAAUGGUUACAUGGCAACUGUAACCAACCUGAAAAAUCCAUCUCAUGUAGUUUUUCUAUUUGUAUUCUGAUUUUAAGAAGUUCUGAGCAUGGUCGUAACUGCCAAUUUUAUUUAUACUUUAGGUAUAUCGACAUGAUGAUAAUAACAUGGAAAACAUGGGAAUUCAUGGAUUGUUGGCUCUAUUGAAGGCUUUUGGAUACACUGUAGAAGUCCUGGAGAUGCUGUUGUUGCCCAUGGCAAAAGAUGGUACUGAGGCUCUUGGCUCAAUGGGAAAUGAUCCUCCUUUGGCUGUGAUGUCCAACAGAGAGAAACUUACAUUUGACUAUUUCAAGCAGAUGUUUGCUCAGGUUACAAACCCACCGAUUGAUCCGAUCCGAGAGAAAAUAGUCAUGUGGAAGGGGACCUUACUGAAACAGUUCAUAUGGAAGGCUAUGUGGCAGUUUGUUUGUUUUGAAAACUUUAAAUAGACCAUUAAUUGUUUUGUUGAUAUUGUGCUGAUUGUUGUCUUGAUGGAUGUUAAAUGGGUGAAACAUGCACAGGUUCAAUCAUUGUUUGAUUAUAAUAUUGUUAGCUUUUGUUGAUAGAAA